AUGCUGCGCCGGUCAAUCCUGCUCUUGACAUUCGCCCUCACUGCCCUGUCGGCCAGCAUCCUACCCUCCGCCGCCUCCAGUUCAUUUCCACAAUGCGGUCUCACCUGCUCCGCGCUGACCAACGCCCAAACCUCCUGUGAAUCCGGCACCUCCGAUUCCUGGGCCUCGUGCUUCUGCCAGUCCUCCCUCUUAACCGGCCUCAAAUCCUCCGGCAGUGUCUGCGCAUCCUGCAGUUCCGACGACCAAGCCACCCUCUCCACCUGGUACAACAACUACUGCAAGUCCGGCGGGACCUCCGCGAGCACGACCAGCGCAACCUCCGCGACAGCGUCCUCCACCGCCACAGCGACCGGCACCGCCUCCAAAGCGAACGCAAAUAGCUCGACCACGGAAGAAAAGAAGUCAUGGUGGAGCACUCACUACCAAUGGGUGAUUAUGCUGAUCGUCCUGGUGAUCGGCUUCAGCAUCAUUGGCGCGGUAGGCGUGUGGUUCAAACGCCGCUAUGAUGCCAAACGACCAAAUCUGUACCACGGCGGCAGCACCGGCGCGCUGAGUACCGCGUCUCCGCCACGCGAUGCAGCCUGGGGUCCCACGGAGCCGGUGAUGCCCGGCCUGCCGAGCGGGUCGGUCACCAGCUCUCGGUCGACAGUGGCCAAGUCCAGUACGCCUGUUCCAUCCCGGUCAAAGCUGUCCAAGAUGGAGCGCUACGGGGACAUGGAGACGAGACAGGUCUAA